UAUCAUUUCUGCUGCUGAUGUCUGAAUGUUUGGAAGAGUAAUCACUCAACCCUGCUGGUACCAGUUUCUGAGACCAUCAUGGGACCUGAAGGUAGCCUUCUACAUAGUGGACAGGUGCACAUCAUCAUCUGGGGGAGUUUGGCAGCUGUUGCAACUUUCCUACUCAUUACGUUCCUCAUCUUUCUGUGCUCCAGUUGUGAAAGAGAAAAGAAGCCAAAACAACAAAAUGGUGACCAUGAGAACCUGAUGAAUGUGCCUUCAGAUAAGGAGAUGUUCAGCCAUUCAGUUACUAGUCUGGGUACUGAACUUCCUGCCAGCAGUGAACAAAAUGGGGGCCUUACCAAUGGAGACAUUCUUUCAGAAGACAGUACUAUGACAUGCAUGCAACAUUAUGAAGAAGUACAAACUUCUAUUUCUGACCUGUUGGAUUCUCAGGAUAGUACAGGAAAGUCAGCAAAAUGUCAUCAAAGUCGAGAAUUACCUAGAAUUCCUCCUAAUGAUACUUUGGAUACUAUUCUUACCACAAGAAAUGUGGAGAAUGACCAGGGUCUUGGAAUGGAAGGACCAUAUGAAGUUCUCAAAGAUAGUUCCUCCCAGGAAAACAUGGUGGAAGAUUGUCUGUAUGAAACUGUGAAGGAAAUAAAAGAAGUAGGAACAUUAGCCAAUCUUGAAAAGGGCCAAAGUGGAAGACCAAAUUCUGUAACUGCUUUUAAAGAGAUUCAGGGCCCUCAGGUCUUGAAUAAAAUUGAGUCUGCAGAAUAUGCCUCUGUGGACCGAAAUAAAAAAAGUCGACACAGUGUCAAUGCAGAAAGUAUUCUUGGAAAUUCCGUGGAUGUAGAGGAAGAAGCCCCACCACCUGUCCCUGUAAAACUCCUUGAUGAGAAUGAAAAUGUACAGAAUAAAGCAGAUGGGGAGACAGCAAAUAAAGGGGCCACAGAGAGCACUGGCCAAAUCAACAAGAGACUUAGUUCGCUGUCUUACAAGUCUCGAGAGGAAGACCCGACUCUUACAGAAGAGGAGAUUUCUGCAAUGUACUCAUCUGUAAGUAAGCCAGGACAGACUCUGAAAGUGCCAGAAUCCACUUACUCCUGUAUUCAAGAGGUAGCUCCAAAGAGAUCACCAUCAUCUGGCAAUGAUCUCUAUGCUACAGUACGGGACUUUGAGAAAAACCCAAACAUCAACUUGCCUCCCCCAGGAGUCAAUUCAAAUGGGGAGCCAGAGCCUGAUUACGAAGCGAUACAGUCAUUAAACAAGGAUGAAGAAAAGACGGUGUCAAUGGCCAAUGGUAACCACAUCACUUUUCCAAAAGAAAAUGACUAUGAGAGUAUUGGGGACUUACAACAGAACAAAGAUAUCACCAGACUUUAAUGCGAAGACAAAAUUUUUUUAACAUUAUACUAUCAGCAGUUUGGAAAUGUGUCUCUAUUUGAAGAAAAACAAAAGGUCAUAAUAAAUCACAAAAUAUGUGUUGCUUUAGAGAACUGAAAACAAUGGAGGGGCAGUGACCAUUUUCCAACCUUCUCAAGCAAUAAGGUACACACAGAUAUGCAUUCACACAUAUAUAAUAAAAAUAGACAAACGUUUCAUCCUCCUCCCUAAAAUGGUUCAUUUCCUCUUGCAGUGAAGAUAAAAAUGUUGGCGGUUCCCAAGGAUGUCCAAUAUUUUUAAAUGAACCAUAUUCACUAUAAUGUAUAGCACUUGCCUAAAAUACUGCCUUUCAGAAGAGCCAGUUGUUCAUUGUUUUUGCUACCUGCUGAAAAAUUUUAAAUGUGUGGCUGUUUUUCUUCUCACCUUCAAACUGAACAACUCAUUCCAAGGAUUUUCUCCCCUAAAGUUCAGGAUUUUUACUCCAGUUUAGACCUAUUUGAACUACGACUAAUGUGUUUGCCAUCCCAAUCUUCAGUGCUCUUCAGGGAGUUGCUUAUUCAGCAGCUGGGGAUUCAAACUCCAGCACGCAAAUAGGAGAUUUUCUGUGAGUCUCUUCAGAGUUUUGUCACUUCCUAUGUUGGCACUCCACUAGUGGCUUACAACAAAAGUACUUGAAUUCAGUUUUAGAUGCUUUAUUUUAUUUUUCUAGUCAAAAACUUUUUUCAGUAUUUUAAGAAGUUUCAGAAUUUUUUCAGUGUUUUAAGAAUGUUAUGGUACUUAAAGAAUUCUUUUUAAUUAGCCGGGAACUCAUUAUUUCAAACAGAGAGCCUUAAUCUUUAUGUUUGGACACAGACCACAUAUUUGGACAGUGGCCACACUGUCUGGCUCUGAAGGGCUGGGAAUAUGAAUGUGUGUUUCAAAGUACCUUUUCUGUCCAUGUUAUAAGAGUAUUGACUGGCUUGAGUAAGUCAUUCUCAGAAAUUAAUCUAGAUUCAAUAGAGCGUUUGUAAGCAUUUAUUUUUAGUAUGUAAAUAUCUAAAGCAUUUUGGUUUGUGCCUAGCUCCUAAAGAAUAUCAGAAAUUAUGUAAAUGAAUUAUUUCCAUUUUAUGAGUCAUUUAUAAUCUUCAAAAAGAACAAAAACUCAGAAAGCAUAUAGUCUAGUUAAUUACAGGUAAUUUUUUUUUUUUUUAACCUUACUCCAAACACAUAUGUAAGAGUUGAGAUUUUUAAAGAUUCAACUUUUCAAAUGGUACAUUGAGCUGCUGGUCAGAAUCACCUUAGUAAAUAAAUAAUUAAAUAAGUGUAUUUUGCUCAUCGGUACUAAUACUUUGAGGUACAAAAUUGUAGAAAUACUUGGUUGAAACAAUUGCACAGCAGAUAAGGAAUCUUCCUACCAAUUGUCACUAUUCCUAGUAGGUGCUUAUUUGUUAUUUCUUUCAGGUUAUUACAGUUCAAUGAUUAUGCUGCCUACACUAACAGAUUUUAAUGAGCAACUAGGCAUUUCCUACUUUUCGUGUCAACUUGGAGCCAGUUGUCACAAUUCAAGGAAGAACCCGUUCUGGUCCAAGCUGGUUUUACAUGUACCCACUCAGAUCUUACAAAAUGACCAUUCAAAGAUUUCCUUUCCUAAUUCAAGAAGAAAUCUCAUGAUUGGUAUCAUUGUGAAGGGUGAUUUACAGUCAUUGGAAAACUGCAGGUUCUUCUGACCACUAGAAAAGGAGGAAAUUAUUCUGUAUUGUUAUUGAUAACUGUCACCCUUUUGGUUUCAUAAUGUGUGCUAUUUUUCUCCUCUCUGUAACAAUGAAAGUUAUUGAGAGGCUAAUACUGCUUGAAAAAAUAUGUAGUUUCAUGGAUGUGCUUUCCAGCAAGUGGAAUCAUUUCUUUGAUUCUAUGACUGUUCUAUACAUUUAGUUAAAUUUACAAUUCUGAACUAAGACUUAACUUCAUAGGGGGAUUAGCUGAUUAGCUAAUCAAGAAUAGGUUUUAUAUCUUCAGAAACCAGAUCUCCUGCUAAGACAUUAGGGGUACAACAAUAGACUUAGCAAGAGAGUAAACUAGCCCAAAUUACAUUUCCAUAGUACAGGAUAAAUGGCAGCAUUCCUAGAGAGCCAAUGCUGUUGAGUAAUUGAAAAUAUCUUUACUGUAUCCAAAUAUCUGUGACCACAAGUCAUGACUUAAGUACUUCAUAGUUAAUGAAUUAGGAACUUAAAAAGGCCCAUCAGUUCUUGUAUAGGUUAUAGGGUCUCCAUUCAAUGUAUGUAAAUCGUAAUUAUCACAUAUUCCUGGCCAGCUAGACAGUUCCACAAAUAAUGGACUAACUUAUCACCUCUUGGACUCAAGAAGUUAUUAUUCUUCUCUAAAAGCAUCUCUUAACAAGAGGAAGAAUAAUUUGAUACUGAACCUGACAAAACUUUUAGAGAGAAACGCUUCUUUUUGCAUUGGUUUUUUUUUUUCCCUAAUAGCUUUCUUUUCUUCUUCUUUUUUUUUUUUUUUAAUAAUUCUUUAUUGAUAGAACGCAUGCCAGGGUAAUUUUUACAGCAUUAUCCCUUGCAUUCAUUUCUGUUCCGAUUUUUCCCCUCCCUCCCUCCACCCCUUCCCCGAGAUGGCAAGAGUCCUUUACAUGUUGAAUGGGUUGCAGUAUAUCCUAGAUACAAUAUAUGUGUGCAGAACCAAACAGUUUUCUUGUUGCACAGGGAGAAUUGGAUUCAGAAGGUCCUAAUAGCUUUCAAAGAUAGAUUCUGUGUAUCAGAUCUGUAAGAUAUGCAUUAAGCAUCUCUUGAUUUGGAGGACCCCUGACAGAGGGAGAUGUAAGGUCUGUCAGUUAAUUAACAGAUUGUAAAAGAAGAUUCAGAGAACCUGAUUAAAAGUAACACACACACACACCUCCCCCCUUCUCCCCUCCACAUACACUCUAAAAGAUUGGAUAAUAGUACGAUAAUUUCUAUUGAGAACAGGAUAGAAAGAGGAGUUUGGCCGGAUACUAGACCCAAUUGUUGUUUGCUUUUAUUGUUCCCUUUUGGACAUUAAACAACAAAUAAAAUAUUCAUACCAUUUUUCAUACUUCUACUAUAGUUGGGUGAAAAUCUGGAAAAAUUGGUCACUUCUACCUAAUCCAACAUUGUUAAAAUUCAAAUAUACAUGAAGAAUCCCUUUUGCAAAUCAGUUGUUAUUUCUUUUUAUGAAUUAUAUUAGAGUUCUUUAGAUAUAUGAGAGAUCUGUCCAAUUCUUCUGUAUAUCAGAAUUACAACCUCACCUGGAAACGAGCCAAUGAUAUUCUUCUGUCAUUGUUAUUGUUUAAACUGGAUUUAUUUUAAAAUUCCAAUUUAAUUUUUUAUUCCCAUUAUAUUUUUUGAACAGAAGUGUUAUCAUAAAAUGGGUUUAAAAAUUUUCUAGGAACAAAUUACAGCCUAGAGAAAAAAAUAGCAAUUUCCCCAAAAAUUAAUCUAAUGUUUAUUUUUACAUCUCUUAUCCUAAUGCAAAUUAUGUCAAUAGUUCUUUUAAAACAUUUGAAAGUAUAACUUUUCCUUAGGUGAAAGGUGAUGAUCACUAUUUUAACUGCCUUGUCACAAAAAUCCAAGGAACUAUGUUUAAUUAGGUGCUAAAAUUAAUGGUUGAUUGUCAACACAAAGCAAUAUUGUCAUUUUACUUUAAUGUGUGACAGCAUCUAUUUAUUCUAGAGAACAUGUUUUCUUAAUUUUUGUAAUUCUGUGUAUUUAUGCUUUUUUUCAACUGGUAUUUUACAAAGUGAAAGCACCAAGCACCUGGUUAUCACUUACAUAUAUCCUGGCACUCACUGAAUGAGAAGCAGUCAGUAAUGUGCCAUCUGAAUGUUCAUCUGAGAGAUCAGCUGAACUGUUGUCAGAGAAGCAAGAUUGUAACAUAUUCUCUAACAUAUGGUGAUUUAAAGGAAAAACUUUCUUAAGGAAUUCUGACUCCUUAAACUUUUUUUUAUAUGAAAACAUUCUAAUUCUUCAUUAUCACCUACAUCUUCUUAAUUUUCCCUGCUACAGUAUAAUCCCCAUUGAGAAGUUUUAAUUGCUAGCUUACAAAAGUUUUUUUUUUUUUUUUCCCUUUCUGUGUCUGUGACAUUCCUCAAUGUCUCAUUGAGAGAAUGACAAUGAAAAUGUAAAUAGAUGUACUCCUCAGAUAUGUGUACAGUAGGAGAUUUGGCCUAUAACUUUAAAAAAAAAAAGGAGAAGGAAAAAAAGGUAAAUGUGAGAAAUGACAAUGGAGCCAAUGCAUGGUGACUCCCCAGACAGCAACAGCCAAUGAAAACAUAGUAAUCUUAUUUCAUUCUUUUUAGUUAUUUCUGUGGUUCUAGACAUGGAAUCAGCAGGCAGUAAAAUAAUGUGUUGUUUUUUUUUUCAAAAGGAUGUACUCCGAAAUUGCAGCAUGUCUGUAAUUUCAAGACUUGUGCAAUUCUAAGUCAUUCACAUCGAGACUGAAAUGCAGUUUUGUAAAUGAGUAAAUGCCAAGAUUUCCUUUCAGUGCUCCUUGUAAUAGUCAGUCUCACUCAGUGUGGUAUAGUGAUACUGUUCUCAAACUGUUGAUUUGUGCUGCUCUACCAGAUUAGCAUUGGCUGCUGAGAGCCCAGUAGGUACUGAUGGUUAUUUCCUGGAUUUCUUGACAAGUUUAUUGUACAAUGCUUUGGGGAAAUUGGGGGGUGUAGGGUUAAAAUAUAAUGUUCAGUGUUAAGUGACUUAUGUGAAAAUAGGAACACGUCUAUAAAUAUAGUAUGGCCUUUAUUUACAGUGAAACCCUAAUUUUGCUGUAAUAUCUUCUUGUUUUGUACUGUAACUUUCUGUAAAUGCUUUAAACCUCACUGUGCCAUUAGAUGGUUUGAACAAAAUCUUCCCAAUAGAAUAACCCAAAGUGCUGAGAUUAGAAUGCUGAGAAAGCUGUCCAGAAAAACAUGAUAAACUGAAGUUAACCAGUCAGUAUUAACAGAAUACACUAAAGGGAAAAAAAGAACUAGGAGAAGAAUAUUCACAUUUUGUAAAUGUGCAAAUGAACCUUCAUUAUCCCUGCCCUUCAUUUUAACCAGGCACAGAGAUUUGUAAAGUGCUUGAUGACUUUUCCUAGUGUUUUUUUUUUUUUUUAAACCAGUCUCCCAGAUCCCUUCAAAAUCUCACAGGAAAAGAGAUUUACAAUCAUGUAGUACUUCUCAGUUAUGAGCCAAUUUGGUUCUAUCUUCUCUUAGUACAAUUAGAUUAGAUUUUGCUUGCCAGUAUACUGCUUGUGCACCGUGGGUAUUUGUCAAAGAUGUAUUAUGCUCUAGUUGUCUCAUCACACAGUGUAAUGUGUUCAAAAGGCUGGUAAUUACCAUUCCUCAGACUCCCGUGUUUCAAAUCUACAGAAAUAAAAUGCUUCUAUGUCACCUUUUAAA